AUGGCGACGCCUCUCCAGUUUGCGACGUUUACGUCGGAGAUUGAGUUGCCGUUUUACUCGGCUCUUUUUGCUUCCAAGCUUGACUAUGAUAAGCUGGAUGACUCUGCGCGAAACGUCCUGGGUCUGUAUGAGCCGAGAGUUGAGGAACCACAGGCGAGUUGCAAGAUGCAGAUUCUCGGAAACGCCUUGACCAGUCAAAACGCGCCUCUCGGCACAGCUAGAGGAGAGGGCAUCAUCAAGAAUGUCAACACCCUUGAGCAGUUCAAAACCAUGGACAAGGCUGAGAUGAUCAAAAAGGCCGGAAGACAGAUCUGGGACGCAAUUAAUGAUGGCACGAUUUAUUCCGUGCCGUCGCUCCUCUCAUCGUUUGUCAUUCUUUCAUACGCAGAUCUCAAGAAAUAUAAAUUUACGUACUGGUUCGCCUUUCCAGCCCUACAUUCGGAUCCCCAAUGGAAGCGAGCAGGACCGGUGGAACGCUUCACAGCUGACGAAAGCACUGAACUUGUCGACAAGGUCGGCACUUGGCGGUACAGUGUUGACAGCCGCCAGCAUGGCUUCUUCCUCGCGAAGAAGGUUCGGGGUCAGCAGACGCAGAACGAAGAUACAGAAGGUUCUAGUAAUCUGGAUUUCCGAUGGGAGGUAGGCUCACUGCGGAGAUUUGAGGAGGGUUUCUUUACCGAUAUUCCUGAUGAGGAUCGCUACAUCGCCUUCGCUGAUCCAUCGACGUACGCCGAAGGCCCGGGGUGGCCGCUCAGAAAUCUCCUGGUUCUCAUUCGACAACGCUUCCGAAUGUCUAGAGUCAAGAUUCUCUGCUAUAGAGAUACCUGGGCCAGAAGACACGAAGCCAGAAGCGUCGUGCUCCCCAUUGAAAUGGACGUCGUGGAUAAGAUGGAAAUGGGAGAAAUGCCCAAGGUCACAGGCUGGGAGAGAUCUCGAAACGGAAAACUUCAGGCCCAGCAAGCCAACCUCGCGGAAUACAUGGACCCAACGCGACUGGCAGACUCAUCGGUCGAUCUGAAUUUGAAGCUGAUGAAGUGGCGACUGGCACCCGAUCUCGACUUGGAUCUCAUCAAAAACACAAAGUGUCUUCUAUUGGGGGCCGGCACACUGGGAGGUUACGUCUCACGAAACUUGUUGGGCUGGGGCGUGCGAAAGAUUACAUUUGUCGACUACGGAAGGGUUUCAUAUUCGAAUCCUGUGCGACAACCUCUGUUCGAAUUCAGUGAUUGCACAGACGGCGGACAGCCAAAAGCAGAAGCGGCAGCAGCUAUGCUGAAGCGCAUCUAUCCUGGAGUUGAAAGCGAGGGACAUUCACUAUCUGUUCCUAUGCUCGGCCACCCUUUUACCGAUGAAGCCAAGACCAAAGCUGACCUGGAAAAGCUAGAAGGCUUGAUUGAAGAUCACGACGUUGUCUUCUUGUUAAUGGAUACUCGUGAGUCUCGCUGGCUACCGACCGUUAUUGGCAAGGCACGCGGAAAGAUUGUCAUGAAUGCGGCCCUCGGAUUCGACUCAUACGUUGUCAUGCGCCACGGAGCAGAGACCAAGGAGGAGGGACAGGCAUCGCUGGGCUGCUACUUUUGCAACGACGUCGUUGCUCCAGCUGAUUCCAUGAAAGAUCAAACUCUCGAUCAACAAUGCACAGUCACCCGUCCCGGCGUCGCAGCCAUCGCAUCCGCCCUCCUAGUCGAACUCCUCACCAGUCUCCUGCAGCACCCUCUCCGUCACAAAGCACCAGCGCCGCAACACUCACCAGGAAACAUUCCCGAGCGUGAUCCCCCCGAACACCCGCUGGGUCUGGUCCCCCACCAAAUCCGCGGCUACGUAUCUACCUUUCAAAACAUCAACAUCCGGGGCCAAUCGUACGAUUGUUGCAGCGCAUGUAGUCCCAAAGUGUUGGGUGCGUACCGCACAGACGGAUGGGGUUUCGUCAAGAAGGCAUUGCAGGAGAAGGAUUAUGUUGCUGAGCUGUCUGGGUUGGCGGAGGUGCAGAGACGUGCGGAGGAGAUGGCUGCGAAUGUGGACUGGGAGGAAGAGGACGAUGAUCUUGUGGAAGACGGGGAGGGAGAGCUGCUCUGA